AUGUCCGAGCGAAAGGUUCUCACGAAAUACUUCCCCCCGGAUUUCGAUCCACGCGCCCUGACGCGCAAGCGUGGGCCCAAGCCCACGGGCGUCAAGACGCAGGCCGUCCGCAUCAUGGCCCCCUUUUCGAUGAAGUGCACGACAUGCGGCGAGUACAUCUACAAGGGCCGCAAGUUCAACUCGCGCAAGGAGACGCCGCAGGGCGAGCGGUACCUCGGCAUCCAGAUCUUCUUCUUCUCGAUCCGCUGCACGCGUUGCUCGGCGGAGAUCAUCUUCCGCACCGACCCCAAGAUCAACGACUACACCAUGGUCAAGGGCGCCGUGCGCAACAUGGAGCCGUGGCGGAACCGCGCGGGCGAGGACGAGGGCGUCGAGGAGCGGCUCGACCGCCUCGAGCGCGAGGAGGCCGAGGCCGCGGGCGAGGAGGAGAAGAACGCCAUGGAGGACCUCGAGGCCAAGAACGCAGACGCCCGCCGCGAGAUGGCCGCCGCCGACGCCCUCGACGAGAUCCGCCAGCGCAACGCCCGCAUCCAGAGGAGCGAGAAGGAGGGCGUCGACUUUGCCGACUAUGUCGUGCGGCCCGAGGACGAGGAGAGGGCGAGGCAGGAGAGGGAGGAUGAUGAGGCGGCGAGGCGCGCAUUUGCCGCGGCCAAGGAACGGUCUAUGCUUGAUCUGCUGGGCGAGGAGGUCAUGGAGGAUGUUGAGGAGGACGACGAGGAGCCCCACCCGUUGUCGAGUGCAACGGCCAGGCCCUCCUCCUCCUCCUCCUCAGGGGCAGCACGACCAUCAUCCUCCUCCUCACUGUCGACAACACCAAUAACAGGCGAUAGCGCGGCUGUAUCAGGGGAGACGGCGGUCGGAGCCGCAGCGGACGUGACGGCCAUGCCUCCGCCUCCGCCGCCGGCCCCGUUCAAGAGGCCGCCGAAGAAGAAGAAGGUCGACUAUGCCGCGAAAUUGGGUAUCAAAAAGAAGGCUCCGCUCGUGUGA